UUCGAGCUGAUGCGCGCGCAUUGGUAACGAAACCACGUAUUGUAGAUAGUUUUUCCUCAGUACAGAAAAGAAGUUCGUUGGGACAAGAAAAGAAAUUUAAGUUAAAAAAAGGAACAUGUUUUACGGAAACUGCAUAGGUCGCUGUGACCAGCUGGCUGGUCCGCCACCCGACUUCAUUCUAUCGAUGCCGCCGCCACCGCUGCCACUGUUUCUCAUUUCAAAACCUGCGACAGUAGACGCUUUGAUUUCCUUAAAUGAGUCUCAGCCAUGUUUCGCCACAUUUAUGUGUAGACAGGCGCACAACCGAAACGAGAGUGGCAAUGCAAUAAUGGAACUGGUGCGAAACGACUCUAAAAGUCUCGAGAACCUUUGGCUCUUCAUCUCAUUCUGUGUUGGAAUUUUCGUGCUGGGAUGUUUCUUGGCUCUUAUAGUGAUUCGCUGCAGGGAGUAUUUCUUCUCCUAUCAUGACGCCAACAUUAAGCAGACUACUAUCAAUGCUCUUGGUGAAGCCGCCAAGUCAAAUGCCUUCACUUCCGGCGGCAUUUUGUAUCCCUGUGCCACGGCUAACAGUAGGGAUCUACUCCAGAGUCAGCUGGUCAACGACAGUCGCCUGCUGUGGGCCACUCUAACUCCUCAUGGCACCCGGCACUUUAUCAUUGAAAACUCGCAGGACGGCGGGCACUACGAAUCUGUUGAUUAUCGUGGAAAAUCUCAGCACCAAGUUUUUCGCGGAUAUGCCAAGCACUCCCAGUCUUUUGUGAAGUCUUUUGACAAUAAUGGCUUCGUUGAUUAUGACUAUGAAGACCCCACGCCCUUAAUGGAAUCAUAUCACGACGACAUGGACUCUGGAUACCAAGAGCCUCACGAUGUUACAGGAUCUCUAAAGUGUUCUCCAAUGCGUGUUCUGGACCCUAAAAACGAGACCUCGUCCAGCGUCGAAUCGCAGUACAACUCCCCCUCGAAAUUCAACAGCGGCUCAAAAUCCGGCCCUGAAUCAAGUACACUAACCACGAGCCGCAAGACAACGCUCUGCCGCCGGAUCAGUGACGCAUCCUCACACAACGGAACAUCGAUGUAAGGAGCAGUACGGAUCAGCCAAAGACUACUAAGAACUACUAAGGACUAAGUAUUUUAAAUUAAAAGGCAGUCUGGGUCAGUAGUGGUCCAGUCCGUCUAUACAUAACAAAAAUUUACUGUUCCAAUUUACUGAUAUUUUUAUUAUUUUAAUGCUUUGUAUGUUUUGAGUCUGGUGUAGCUCUGACAAGGAACCAAAGAACCUUGUGGAAAUUCCCUUGUUUAAAUAUCUCAGUUUCGCCUUUACUGCACGAUAGAAUAGAAAAGAUUUUAUAUAAUCCAAAUCCUGCGAAGGACGCAUACGCACAGUUAAGCUAAGAUUUAAUUAAGCUUAUUAAGAUAAAGUCAGAUAGUGUACUAUAUUUACGCAUAAUACUCGCGCCGUCAUAAGCAGUAUGUACACUCGUACAUAUACAUACAUACAUAAAACAUAAAUAUUGAAACUAUGCGUAUAAACUAAUAGCUCAGUUCGAUCAAAGUCUAUGAUUUUGAAACUGAAAUAUUUAAUAAAACUUACUUUUUAAA